AACGUGAAAGAUAAUUAAGUCUGGACUGGAUAUAUUUAUAAAUAGCAGAUGGACGAGAUGGAAGUCGGCGAAUUAGAUGAUAUCGAUGGAUGCUGCUAUCGUGGAGAAGGAAAUGCCAACUUGGUCAUAUCACUACCAGCUGCCAGAAGCGUGCUGCGAUUUCGUAAAAUAAAAUCACCAGACGAAUUACCAGCCGAUGGUGGAAGAUCACGAGUUGAAUUUGAGUACAAAUUUUACAAGGAAAUAAUUACUAAGUACCUGGGUAAUUUUGUUAAGGAGCCAAAAAUUAUAAAAUACCAUCCUAGAGACAUACCGCACUGGAAUAAACGCAUUGAACCUCAUCGAUCAGGUCACCGUCGUCACAAGAGUUUAUUCGAGGAAUAUGGAACUAUACUUCCAGACUACACAUUAUUGCCGUUAGAACUCGAAGGAAAGAUACGAGGGGAGAAGCCAACGUUCUGCGUUGAGAUAAAACCUAAACAAGGCUUCGUGCCUGAGGCUGAUCGCCACGUACAGAGAUGUCCUUACUGCGUCAAUCAAUUUUAUAAGCUCGCUAAGAAGACAAUAUCAAGACGCAGCGGUUACUGUCCAUGUGACCUCUUUUCUGGUGAUACAAGUAGAGUGAAACGUGCGAUUGAUGCACUAGUAGAAACACCGCAGAAUAAUUUCAUCGUCUUUAAAAAUGGGCAGCGUGUCUGGGCCGAGGGAUAUGAGCGUAUGGAAUUGGAGCGGUUGUUAGCCGAAUGGUUUUCAAACGGCUCGUCUCACGAUAUACAACGGCUCUAUGAGGACUUGAGUCACCUCCUUUCCGAGGCGCUGCUUCGUGAGUUUCCCGUAGGCAAAGACGAUGAUGAUGAUGAUGGUCCUACUUCCUUGUUGGAUCCAAUUAAACAAGUUCAAGCGAUACCGGUUCUAGUGGAACAGCAGCAUCAACUCGAUCGUGAGACGAUAAAUAAAGCUGCUAUUAAUUUUAAUUUACUCAACGAGGCAUGUGAUUUUCCUCGUGGAAAUUUACCUCAGGGGUCGGUGCUAAAUCGUAUUUAUCGUAUGCAACAAUUGCAUUGUAUCAGCAGCGAUAUCGUUUAUGCAAUCUACUCAAUGUAUUCAUCGAUUGUGGAUGAACAAAUGGUUUAUUUUCCAAGCACCAACGACACAGCAAAACAGUCCUUCUCCUCCACCUCUACCAGCGAACGUAUUUGUAAUGACAAGACGUUAAAUAAAACCACAAUUGCACUUUUGCGUAAUUAUUUGUUAUUCAGUAUCGCCCGGGACUGUUCCAUUCUUUUAUCUUUUCGUGAAAUUGAUUUAGAGAGCGCAAAUAAUAUUCCAAGUGAGCACGUCAUUAAGUUUUCACAGCAACAACGCUACUUUUCAUUCAGCAUCGGUAUCACGGAUGUGGAUCCGAAGAAUCUUAAUCGCAUUGAAAAACAUCGCGAGCGUACAAUCCGUGCCUUGAACUCCGUAACAGUCGACUGAAGAUCAACAUCAGCAUCAUCAUUUUGCUAUAAAAAAAAACCACGGCUGCAUACAUUUGAACAAUGGACCAUUUCUUACUCAAAAGCUGUGAUUAUCCAGCGUUCAAUGUACACUCCCCCCACUACGCAUCAAAUAACAACUUUUAUAAUGAUAUAUCCAUAUAAAUAUAUCACAUGGAAAUGUAUUACUAUGAUAUGUAGCAACCAGUUGAUAAAAAAAAAAAAAUGCCAAUAAAUCAUUCAUGUCAUUCAUCAUU